GUGGAUCCUUGCUUGUCUUUAUUCUGCCUGAUUUUCCCAACAAGCAUUCCUAUCAACAAACCCUGCCUCACUACCAGCUUGCUCCUCUGCCAAUCUUGCACUGCAUCAUGAUACAGAGGGUUACCCUGACUUUGCUUCUCUUGGGUAGUUGGGGUUGGCUCAUCUCAAACUGUGAAGGCCAAGACUUGUUUCCAACAAACUGCACCUGCAAACUUGGCCAUGGGAAGUGCGCUGAAGAUGGUGACUGCAGAUGUGAUCCGGGUUGGGGAGGACCCUUUUGUGAGGAUUGUGUGCGGAUGCCCGGAUGUGUCCACGGCUCCUGUCAUCAGCCAUGGCAGUGCACAUGUGUGGAAGGCUGGACAGGUCGCUUUUGUGACAAAGAUAUUCACGUGUGUGAAAAAGAAAAGCCAUGCCAAAAUGGGGCCACCUGUUUCCUAAAUGAGGCCGGAGAGUACAACUGUUUGUGUCCUGACGGCUUCCAUGGAAAAAACUGUGAGUUCAAGACUGGACCUUGCCAUAAAACCAAGUCCCCCUGUAAGAAUGGUGGCUUAUGUGAGGAUCUAGGUGGCUUUGCACCUGAGCUGACUUGUCGAUGCCUAGCCGGCUUUACAGGACCUCACUGCGAGACCAAUAUGGAUGACUGCCUGAUGCGUCCCUGUGCAAAUGGUGCCACUUGCGUGGACGGUGUAAACCGCUUUUCGUGCUUGUGCCCUGCUGGGUUCACAGGCCGCUUCUGCACUGUCAACUUGGAUGACUGUGCCAGUCAGCCAUGCCUCAAUGGAGGCCGCUGUAUAGACCGUGUCACGAACUUUCACUGCCUGUGUCCUGCUGGAUACACGGGUCGAACUUGUGAGGUUCCACUUGGUGAAAAGGGGAUCCCAACUCAGUCACCACACAAAGACUUUGGCUGGGGAGGAGGGAGAGGGUUUCCAGAAAUCUCCAAAAUACCACCAGGUACUCCAAAUAAACCCCAUACCUACACCUCAGGAAACUACUCCCAAGGGAUUACAACUAGUGGGGAUAAGGGCCAUCUGCUGAAAAUUUCUGUAAAGGAGGUAGUGACUCAAAGUGCAGCAGCAGGACUCUCUGAGGAACAUUGUAUCAUCCUGAUAGUAUUAGGAGGCCUGACUCUGGCUGUGGUGGCACUUACAGCUGGCCUGGUGCUACGAGGACACUGGCAGAAUAUCUGUGUCUGCAGUCAUUGUAGCGCACCGACCUCCAAACAGCAUUCAUUCCAGCGAUGUCGCACACAGCAGCGCCACUUAGCUGCCACUCAGCAGGACUGCAAGAUCAGCUUCCUACACACAUCUGCUCCACCUGAGCUGGAGAAGAAGAGACUAAACACGGAGGUUAUAUGAAGAUACUGAGAGAGAAAUGACUGCUUGACUGCUCAUAAUAAAGAUGGGUAAUGUUUAAUGAAGAAGGGUCUUGACCUUAAUGACCCAGUCACACCCGCUGUAGCUCAAGAAGGGAAGGAGCCGUAUAGAGUGCAGAUCAACUGAGAGAAUAUGAAAUAGUUCUCAAGGGAGCAUUAGCAAAAAGCACUCUGCAGAAAAAAAAAACACUUGACUAAUCAUUGUGGACUAAAUGAUGCCAUGGUGGAACAUACAGCACUAAAGAAGCAGAAAGGACUAUGGGAAUGUUUUAUUAUGACAGUCUUCAGAAGGACUGCAAUGAAGAAACGUACUGUACUAUUCCUAUUUUAUACAAAAAAGACUUCAUGCAUAUCCAUGUUUUGAGUGUUUUCACACUUGCCUGUUUCAGUGUCCCAAGUUGUCUUAGAUCAGUGACUCAGCAUUUUAGUGUAUAUGUGAAUACAACAAAUGAACUUAAGACUCUUCCAAAGUGAACCACAAGCGAAAUGUACUCAGACCACAUUCUAAGAGUCCAAGUACAGUCUGUCUGUCGUUCAUUUUGUGGUCCACAUUAGUGAAAACUAAGUGGUCUCAGUUCGCUUGACAUUUUGCUUCUGCGUUUAGCUAUUUGGUCUAAAGGGGGACAGUAUAGAAGUAUACAGCAGCAAUUACCUUCUCACAGUCUUCAAAUGUAUAAGUUGUCUAUAUGGAGACAAUCGCUUUGUAAAUUAUGAGUUUUUUUUGCUGUUGUUUUAUAUAGGUGUAUCAUGUGAUAUUUGUACAAAUGGUGGAUUACGGGUCCAAGCACAUUGUGCUGGAGCCUUCAUGUUCUUGUAUCUUAAUGGGCAGCUGUAAGGUCUAGAAGCACAAAAUUUUGAUAGAAAGUUGUAUUACCCCAACUAUUCAGGCCAAUUUGGGGACCCUGAUCCAUCUCAAUGUAGCCCUAUACCACAGUGUUUUUAUUGGUUUUAUUUGCCCAUAUACUCUGACUUGAAGACAGUUCCACUUUAUUAGAUUUUAAAUUAAUUUGCAUAGUAUGCAAGAUUUAUCACUGCACCACCUUCAAAUGAUUUAAAGGGAUGGGCUGCAUUUGUCAACCAGGUUUACUGUAAUGUUCAACUCAUGGUUUCAAAGCACAUGCUUGUCGAAGUAAGUUGACACUUUGCAUGGUGCAUCUUUUUGCUUGUCUUUAAGUUAAAAAGGCCCCCCCUCAAAAAAAAAAAAAAAAAUAAAAAAAAAAAAAAAAAAAAAGAACUUGUAAUCAAUCAACAUCGGGUUAAUUGUGUUUAGAUGACAAGCAGAUAAAGCCAAACAUAGAGUAAAGAUUUUUGAUAUUCAAGAAAUCAACCAUUGGAGCGAAAAAAUAAAGGCCAUAUCUAUGCAGUACUUAUUGUUUGAACAUAAACCAUUGUAAUAUUUGGCAUCACAGGCUAAUGGUGCCCAAAGUGUUAUCAUUUGACCACAAUGUGGUCCUAAAACAUGCAUACAACCGAUCAUAAUGCAUUAUGAUUAUGCAUUAAGGACGAAUUGCUGAAACUCAUGUUUUGUUCCUGCUCAAUGUCUGGAACAUGAUGGAUCAUAUGUAUUUCAAAUUCCCUUGUCACCACUGUAUUAUCUGUUGUCCUGAUUAUGAACAUUGUCAAGCUUUUUACUUUUCUGCAUUCAAAUUUUCAUGAAACAUAGCUUGAUGAGAUCAAGAGUGUGCCAGACAGACAGGGUUUUUUCUGCAUGUGAUACCAAGGCAAUCAAGGUGACAAUGAACAAGAAAUUAAGACACAGUUGCACAUUUUUUCAAGCAUCAACACCAUUAAAUGUACUUGAGAGGACUAAGAUCCUAUUGUCAUAAAACAGUGCUACAGCUAAAUAUGGGAGAUCAUGUAUUGAACAAUUACUUGUACUGAAUCUAAAUUGGAUACCCGUCUUUGGCACUAUUCUCACUCAUUUGGCCUCACAGGAAAAGUGAGUCUAUACCUCUGCAACACAUUUAUGCAUUGUCUUGAACUUGAUACUUAUCACUAAAUUGUAGAAAUUAGACAUGCAGACAGAUCAAUGGUGGCCACUAUGACCAUAUGUUGGACUCACUUUUUUAAAUAAUACCUGGAUUGCACUGACCAUCAGUUGCAAUUAUGUAAAUAUUUUGUAAUAUCUACUGUUCAUCAUUGCAGCUCUUUGGAGAAAUAACUUUGGAAAAACUUGACAAAUGUGCAGUUCAUUCACGGAUAUACAGUGAUAUAGGAUCAACAGUAUUUUUUAAAUAUAAAUAUAAUUUAUUUCUGUAAAUUAUUUGUGCAAUGUGUACUUGAGUAUUUCAAUGUGUAUUUUUGAUACUGAGUAGAUACUGAGUUGUAUUAAUCGAGUAAAGAAUAAUGAAGUUCUCUUGUCAAUUAUUCAAAAGGACAAAUAUCAGCGAUAAAUGUCAUGUCACAGCAUACAUCAUUUCUGACUGAACUGAUAACAUCAAACACUUAAAAAAAAGCAGACUAAGACAUCUUCAGUAUGUAUGGUCUGAAAGAAAUGUGAAUUAUUUGUAAAACCUCGUUGGUUCCUUUUUUUCAUUACAAAAAGCAAUAUCCAUGUAUUUUCUAGCCAUGUUCUUCUUUUCUUUUUUGCCAUGCUUAUGGUAACAGCAAACUGAUGGAUUAAAUGUUUAAGGUUCUGAAA